GCCUGACGGACUACAACAAUGACUGUGAGCAAGCAUGUCCGGCUAGUUUGAAUCGAAGUUUACUUCAGUGAAACUGCCGGUAAUAUCCCCUACAUGUGCUCAUCGGAGGUUUCCAAAGCACUGUGAUAAAUGGAGCUGGAGGACCAAUGGUGGAAAGGACAACUCGCUGCAGACAUAUACCAGGCGCUCCGAUACAAAGAGCUCAAGUUGCCAUCCUACAAAGGCCAGUCCCCUCAGCUCAACCUGAGACGGUACUUUGCAGACCUCAUAGCCAUCGUCAGCAACCACUUCCGGCUGUGUCCAGCAGCCAGACACCUGGGCGUCUACCUGCUGGACCUCUUCAUGGACCGCUACGAUGUUACGGUGCAGCAGCUUCACAUGGUCUCACUCUCGUGUCUUCUUCUGGCCAGUAAAUUUGAGGAAAGGGAGGACCGGGUGCCCAAGCUGGAGACCCUGAACAGCCUGGGCUGCAUGAGCUCCAUGAACCUGGUGCUGACCAAGCAGGGUUUACUUCACAUGGAGCUGCUCCUGCUGGAAUCCUUCCAGUGGAACCUGUACCUCCCCACAGCAGCUCACUUCAUAGAAUACUACCUCUCUAUCGCCGUCCACGAGGGAGACCUCCAUGACGGCUGGCCGAUGACCUGCCUGGAGAAGACCAAACUAUACAUGGCCAAGUAUGCCGAUUACUUCCUGGAGGUUUCCUUGCAAGAUCAUAUGUUCUUGUGUUUUGCCCCCUCGCUGGUGUCCGCCGCGUGCGUGGUCACCUCCCGCCUGGUCCUCCACCUGUCUCCAACAUGGCCGCCCCGACUGCAGCACCUCACAAGCUACACGUGGGAGAACCUGGUCCCAUGUGCCGAGAAACUACUCAUUGCACAUGAUGGUGACGUCAAAGAGGCCAACAAGCAGAAGUGCCAGCAGCCCGGCCAGCAGCAGCAGCAGGGCCAGGCGGUGUACCAUGGUUCAGGCCAGACAGCUACCGUGACACAGUACCUGCACCGGCACAGCUUGCAGUACCCCCAGCAGGCCCCGCCGCAGCCGGCCCUGGCCCCGAACCACCGGCCUGCCUCCUACCUCAGCCUGCAGGCUCCCAACGGCAACGCGCAGGCCGUUGGCGCCUCGCAGGAUCCAAAGUCCAGCAUUCCCAACAGGGCCUACCAAGUCAGCAUGCACUACACCUGCGCUGCCCCGUGCUUCGACAGAUGAUGGGCUUUUUCAGGAUGUGGUCCUUUUUUUAUUUUAUUUAUUCCUUUUUUUUGGCGGUAGGAAGACAUAAGAGAUGGUGAUCUGUUUCUCUUGAACACGAUGGAACGCAUUGAAGGAGAAAUAAGUGUUUUUAAUUUGGAGAGACUUGAUGAGAUUAUUACAGCACUUUGAACCACAAGGUGUGCGUAACGUGCAAUACGGGUGCUCUGCAGUGACGUUCUGCAUAGAGCCUGCAUUAAGAUUUCUGUUUGUUUGAGAUGUCGGGUGUGAAUGUUGUCGCGAGGUGGGCUAGAGGCAGAGUUUGCACCACUGCACCCACUAGUGUCAAAUUAUAAUUUAGCUACAGACCAAAAGUCUUGUAUUUAUUUGAGCCAAAUUACCUCAAGAGUAUUGAAUGUACGAAAUACCUCAUGCCUUUACCCUUUAAGUUUAAGGCCAGUUACAAAAAAGGGACUUGUGUUGGUUUGUGGUUGAGAUUGGAGAGCACAGUUUGUGUAGGUGUUAUGUACCUCGAACU